GAAUUGCCACGUGUGACUACCCCUCCCAACAAUCUUGGAGCACAGAGAAACGCGGUCCCACGUUCUUUUGUUUGUCCGUUGGACAACAGCCCAUUGUCUUGAAAUUUUCCGCGAAAAUCAAGAUUUCUCCCUUCUUUUUAUUUUUUUUCUCUAAAUAUUAAUCAAUAAAAAAAAAAAAAAUUGAUCAUUUUUUGUGGCUUCUACUUUCUUCAAGCUGCAACAAAAAAAUAUUAAAAAAUAAUAAAAAUAAAUCCUCCAUUUAUCUUGCUGGCGUAUACAAUCUUUCCUUUCAGUGGUGGUUCCUCCUCCCUUUUCAUUUAAUCUGCAAUUUCUCUUUCGACAAACCUACAAAUUUCUUGAUUUUCCAUUCGAAAAUCCCAAGAAAAUUUUGAAGGGUUUGUGCAAGAUCGAGUCUUUGCAGAUACAAACCACAUUUCCCGCCAAUCCCAUCACCAUUACCACAAUCUUUUUCGUCUUUUCUCAAUUCAAAUUCAUAAUCUCUGAAUUGGGAUUUAUUUCAUAGACAAUAAUUUAUCUGGGAUUUUUUAUUUCUUGAUAAAGAUUGGAUCUUUGACUUCAAAUCGGUUGCUUGUGGUGGUGGGUCGGGUCGGGUCGGGUCGGGUCAGAUUGAUUUCUUUUUUGAUUUUCGCAUUGUUGGUUAAAGAUCCCGAAUUUUGUAUUUGGAUCUAAUUAUUGGGUGUUUUUUUUUAUAGAUAAUUUUAAAUUUUUUGGUAGUUUGCUUUAUUAGAUUUUUAACAUAAUAAAUAGGAAAAAUGGGGAAAGCCGGAAACCAGAAGAGCCUGUACGGAGACAAAUGGCGCGAACUAUACCUCCGACAAAUGCGGGUCGCCGAAAGCACGUCAACGACGUUCGACCGAGACGCAGCCAUGUUCAUGUCGGUUUCGUACGAGUUAAAAGACGAAGGCAACCGGUUGUUCCAAAGACGGGACUACGAAGGCGCGCUUUUGAAAUACGAGAAGGCGAUCCAGCUCCUCCCGUCGAACCACAUCGACAUAUCCUCGUUAAGAAGCAACAUGGCCGAGUGCUACAUGCAGAUGGGCAUGAUCGAGUACCCUCGUGCGAUCCACGAGUGCAAUCUAGCUUUAGAGGUCACGCCGAUGUAUAGCAAGGCGUUCUUGAAACGGGCUCGGUGCUACGAGGCUUUGGAUAGGCUCGAUUUGGCUCUUAGGGACGUUCGGACGGUCCUCAAGUUGGAGCCGAACAAUCUCAUGGCGAGCGAAAUCGAGGAGAGGUUGAGAAAGACGUUCGAACGAAAAGGGUCGAGGAUUGCCGAAAUGCCCGUCGAUUUGGUUCCUUUGCCCGAUUACGUCGACGAGCCGCUGCAGAAACAGGGGAAGAAAAUCGAUGAAUUUAGUGAAGAGAAAAAACAGGGGAAAGUUGAGAAAAUCGAGGUUCGGAUAGAGGAGAAGAAUACCGAAGAUAAGUUGGUUGUUGAGGAGAAAAUUAGUAGUACUAGUGCUUCGGUGGAUGAGGCUAAACGAACGGUGAAAUUGGUUUUCGGGGAAGAUAUAAGAUGGGCUCAAAUCCCUCUUAAUUGUGAUAUUUUUCGAGUGAGGGAGAUUAUUUCCGAUCGAUUUCCGACCACGAAAGCCGUUCUUGUCAAGUACAAGGAUCAAGAGGGCGAUUUGGUCACAAUCACAACAACCGAAGAGUUGAGGUGGGCCGAGGCUUCCGUGGGACACGGUUCGUUAAAGCUUUACGUUAUCGAAGUUAGCCCCGAUCAAGAUCCGUUUUUUACGAAAAUUAAUAGUACUCGAGAAAAGCUCGAAAAGACGACAACCUUAAACGGGCUUAUCGGCAAGAGAAAGGAGCUGCAAACGGAGCCGACUUGUAUAAGUGAUUGGAUCAUUCAGUUUGCUCAGUUCUUCAAAUACUACGUCGGAUUCGAUAUAGACGCUUACAUAGACAUACACGAAGUGGGAAUGAAGCUCUACUCCGAAGCGAUGGAAGAAACGGUCACUAGUGAAGAGGCGCAAGAUUUAUUCGACACCGCAGCCGAUAAGUUCCAAGAAAUGGCGGCUUUGGCAUUGUUCAAUUGGGGCAAUGUACACAUGUCUCGAGCGAGGAGAAGGGUUUACUUCAACGAAGAAUCUUCUCGAGAUUCCGUUCUCGAAAAAAUAAAAUCCGGUUACGAAUGGGCUCAAGAAGAAUUUGUCAAAGCCGGGACGAGAUACGAAGAGGCGUUGAGAAUCAAACCCGAUUUUUACGAAGCGGUUCUUGCUUUAGGGCAACAGCAAUUCGAACAAGCAAAGCUGUCUUGGUACUAUGUAAUCGCGACCGAGGUUGAAUUGGAAAGUUGGCCUUCGGGCGAAGUGCUCAUGCUUUAUAACAACGCGGAGGAGAAUAUGGAGAGGGGUAUGCAGAUGUGGGAGGGUUUGGACGAGAAGCGGCAGAGCGAAAUGUUUAAACGGAACAAAAUCGAGACUUUAUUGCAGAAGAUGAAAUUGGACAAUUUGUUUAAGAAACACGUGAGCGCUGACGAGGCGGAGGAGCAGGCUUCGAAUAUCCGGUCGCAGAUAUUCGUUUUGUGGGGUACGAUGUUGUACGAGAGAUCGAUUAUGGAGUAUAAGUUGGAAUUGCCCGUAUGGCACGAGUGUUUGGAGGUUGCUAUCGAGAAAUUCGAGCUCGCGGGCGCUUCCGCUACCGAUAUUAAUGUGAUGAUCAAGAAUCAUUGUUCGAACGGUACUACUUUAGAAGGUUUGGGAUUCAAUAUUGACGAGAUAGUGCAAGCGUGGAACGAGAUGUACGAAGCGAAGAAAUGGCAGACGAACAUUUCUUCGUUUCGAUUGGAGCCGUUGCUUAGGAGACGAGUUUCGAAGCUUUAUUAUGCCCUUGAAAGUGCAUAAUAUCCUCACAUGCAGGAUUCAGCUAUGAUUGAUAACUUCAUUGUUAUGAGCAUUUGUUUGAGGCUGAUUUGUGUAAUGUAAUCCUUUGGUUAGGAACUAAUGAUGGAGACAAUGAAUAGUCUUUUUAUUUAUUUUUUAUUUUUAAUUUUGUUUAAUUUUAUUUUAUUUUAUUUAAUUUAAUGUUUCUAUGGAAGAUUCUUUUUUUGUCCUGGAUUGGACUAUAUAGUUGAGACCUUCAACAAA